CCGCUAAGUUGUUUUCAUUAGCGGCACGCGAUUGAUUGCAAAACAGCACAGGCAUAUUUUGGAAAAGCGGAAAUUUUACAGCAAUUUAAAAUGUCGCUUGCUGCUGCGAGUGGUACGGGAAGAUUUUGGGCACGGUCAGCAAAAACAAUUCGCUUUGUGCGACAAGGAUGUACAAAUCGACCCUUUUUCCACAUUGUAGUAAUGGAGCGCCGCAAAGAUCAAUACCAACCAGUCAUUGAACAAGUGGGAACGUAUGAUCCAAUUCCAAACGAGCACAAUGAACAGCUGGUAUCGUUUAACUAUGAACGCAUCCGUCAUUGGAUUGGUAGCGGAGCCCAUAUAUCGAAGCCGGUGGCGGAGUUAUUAGGUAUUGCCGGCUUGCUUCCAGUCCAUCCGCGGACCUAUAUGACCGCCUGGCGAAAUAGACAAAUGGCUGAGAAGCUUGCACAGAUCAAUGCGGUAAAAAUUCGGAUAACGUCGAUAGUACAACAAGCAACAGUUAAAGAAACAGCAAUUGGUCUUUUCAUAGAUUUUACUGUACAAUAAAGCGUGGAAUGGAUAUUCCCUUCCAAUUAGUCGAAAAAAAAGAUUCACGUUUAAUUCGACGUAAAUUUGCAAAGAAAACAAAUGAUACAUAAGUAUGAAACAAUAGCACAUCCGGCUACUGAACAAUCAGUCACAGUCCAAUUAAAACAGUCCCACGAUUUUUAGAAAAUGCACAAACCCACAAUAAAAUGGCAAAAAGUUACUAAAAGAAAA